AUGUCGGAGGGAAAGGACAAGUCCAGCAACCCCAUGCGGGAACUCCGCAUCCAGAAACUCGUGCUCAACAUUUCCGUGGGAGAGUCUGGCGACAGACUUACUCGUGCCGCCAAGGUGUUGGAGCAGCUGAGCGGCCAGACCCCAGUUUACAGCAAGGCUCGCUACACCGUCCGUACCUUUGGGAUCCGUCGUAACGAGAAGAUCGCUGUCCAUGUCACCGUCCGCGGUCCCAAGGCUGAGGAGAUCCUCGAGCGCGGACUCAAGGUCAAGGAAUACGAACUGAGAAAGAGAAACUUCUCCGAAACUGGUAACUUUGGUUUCGGUAUCAGCGAACACAUCGAUCUCGGUAUCAAGUAUGAUCCUGCCAUCGGUAUCUACGGCAUGGACUUCUACUGCUGCAUGUGA